AUGGUUGCUCGUAUAGCGCAACUCGAGGGUUUAAAAAAUACUUUGCGCAGACGUUUUGUAUACGCAGGAGCCGGACAUUCGACACUUGUUUGGCGAGAAAUCGAUACAGCGUUCAAUAGUCGCAUAUCAACCGGGGCGAUUGUAAAUACAGACUAUAUCGACCCUCUUCGAUUUCUCCAAGAUGUGAAGAAUAUCGUGCUCGAGCAUGUGCGAAGCGUUAUGAAGAGACAUGGUAGCAUAAAAGUGAAUACUGUGUUCAACGGUGAAUUUGUGGCAGGUGAUAAACGCGCGAACAAGAGCAUUAAUACGAGGAACCGGUGGGCACUCUCGCGCAUACUCAAUCUGACCGUUAAUGUUAACAAGUACAAUCCAUUACAUUCGGGAUGUCAUAUCGAGUUACCGCGCGAAAUAAAAAUGAAGCGGGCUAUAAUCAACGUGCAAUCUAUGGACAAUGCAUGUUUCGCAUGGGCAGUGGUUGCAGCGUUAUGUCCAGCCGACAAACACGCAGAUCGUCAAUCUUCGUACCCACACUAUACAUCGGUUUUGAAUAUGCAGGACAUUGAAUUUCCAAUGCGCAUAAAUCAAAUUAAAAAGUUCGAACGGUUGAACGAUAUCUCGGUCAACAUUUAUAGUGUGGAGAAGAGAUAUGACAACGCGACAAAGAAAGAAGGGAACGUGGUCGCACCUAUACGUCUUACGGAACAGAAAAUGGAGAAGCAUGUCAACCUGCUGCAUAUCCCAGAUCCGCGAGAUGAUGAUAACGCUGGGCACUUCGCGUGGAUCAAGAAUUUGUCCCGACUCGUCAGCUCACAACUGAGCAAAAAGGAACACAAAAAACAUAUUUGCGACCGGUAAGUAUACACAAAGAACG